GAUUGUAGGCGGACUGGUUUGGAUGAACACUCUCUGGAUCCUUGUGGCGAUUCAACUGGAAAGAAUCGGCAAUUAUUUGAAAGAAGCCCCGCGCGACAAGCGACGGUUCGUUUGCUCGCUCGAGUUCUCGAGCCCGCCCUGGGAAGGCGGGAGAGCAACCGCUGGUGCGUGAGCCGGGCAGAGCCACUCUCCAAACACAGCGCAGAGCCGGCCCCAGACAUUCAUACUGGUUUCAGAAUAAAGACAAGAACACGCUUUUAAUUUCCCUUGUUACACUUCUUUUAGUUGGCAAUACACUUAAUAGUUCCUCUUGUGGAGAAAUAGGAAAAGGGCUUUGCAGCUGCUUUCUCAAUCUCCUCUCCGAGCUUCCGCCUUCCUCCUUCCGUCUGCGUUUACACUAAUAAUUCCUUCGGAGAGGAAGGGAACAAAUGCAGGUGGUGUGCACUUCUGUGGGAACUGAGAGGCUUGCUGGCCAGUUCAGAGGACAGUUAAAAGCCAACCACAUUGCUGUGCGUCUGGAAUAACAUGUAGGCAAGACUGGAUCAAUUAAGCUGAAGACUGAACAAAUUUGGAUGUUGCUGCACCACCCCAGCUUGUCAAAAUUGAACCUUUCAACCCUCAUUGGCUGCCAGACAUAUCAACUGUUUUGUGAAAAUUGCUAGCUACCAGCUAAAGCUGUUCUUCAGUUAUCAUUCCCUGUGUCACGAGAUUCCCCAAGAAAAUUUUGAGCAGUCGGACUGCUGUCCUUCUGAAGGCCAGCCCUGCUUUUACAGUUCUUCACGGAGUGGUCAGACAGAUCUGAAUGUAUCAUCAGUUAGAGGCAGCCAGAGAGAACAGGAACAGAGAAGGGAGAGAGAAGUGAAUAGAGCCCAACGAAGACCAACAAAUGUCCAACGACAAAGUGCACAUGGAUUUAGUUAAUCCUUCUCGAAACCUUGAACAGAAGUCCAGGAAAUUCCUGAAAAGUCUGACCCGAAAGGAGCCUUGUGAGUUGCUGUUGGUGAUUGGAACAGGAGUGAGUGCUGCUGUUGCUCCACAUGUACCUGCGCUGUGCUCAUGGCGAAGUUGUAUCGAAGCAGUAAUCAAUGCAGCUGAAGAUCUGGAGGUGCUUCAUCCUUCUGAUAUUAUGGAGUUCCGACAUAAAGUAACAGAAGAUCGUGACCUUCUUGUGCUUGCCCAUGAUCUAAUCCGGAAAAUGUCACCGCGCACUGGAGAUACAAAGCCAAAUUUCUUCCAGGAUUGUCUGAUGGAAGUGUUUGAUAAUCUUAACUGUCACAUUCAGAAUCCCAUGCUCUUGGAUGCUAUUCUCCAACUUAUGGAUCGGGGAACAAUGGUUCUCACCACAAACUAUGAUAACCUGCUUGAGAUCUUUGGCCAACAGCAAGGCAAACCAAUGGAAUCUGUAGAUUUGAAGUGCAAGGACAAGGUGGUUCAGUGGGCCAGAGGUCUACAAAAAUACAGUGUCCUUCAUAUACAUGGACUAUUCACAGAUCCCUGUGGCCUGGUGUUGGACCCAUCAGGAUACAAGGAUGUAAUGCAUGAUCAAGAUUUGAUGGAAGAAUUUCAGGACCUGUACCGUACCAAGUCGUUUGUAUUUUUGGGCUGUGGAGAAACUCUGCGUGAUCAGAUCUUCCAGGCACUAUUUCUGUAUUCUGUUCAGGACAAAGUGGACCUGGAACACUUCAUGCUGGUGCGAAAGGAUAGCCAUGAUCAAUUCUUUAAGUUGCAGGCAGAGAUGCUGCUGCAUGGGAUUAAAAUAGUAUCCUAUGGAGACCGAUUUGAAUGUAUGCCUCAGUAUUUCCAUGAUUUGGUGGCACAAAUUUGCAGGCACAGAAGCCCAGAUGGCUCUUCUGCAGAUAGUACAAGUCUAUUACUAGGAACUUCUUGUUCAGAUUGUGCAAAGCGGAAACAAGAAGAAAAUGGUGAUGUAACUCAAAAAAGGAUCCGAAAAGCAAAUGAUACAGAUUUUGGAGGACCAUAAAUUGUCCAAGUAAAGCACCUUCACCAAAGUGCCAUAUCCCACUUCAUGAUGUUGGAUGCAUCGAAAAGGGACUGAAAACUUUUAUUCGUAUCAGCACAAGUUGAUUUGGUAACUCCGUAGAACUGUACAUUGUAACUGUUGAGCAGUUGUUACACCAUUAAAUGCAAAUCAGUGGUUCUCCUGCCUUCUUGGACUUAACUAUUUAUUGUGGUGCUUCAGGAAACAAAGUCUGGACAUUGCUGCUCUUUUACCAAGAAGGACUUGGUGAGAAAACAUUCAGAUACAGCACAUGUUCGUUUUGAUUUUCAUGUUUUUACUAAAAUAACAAUUUUAGAUGUAUAAGUGUUGGAUGCUUUGUUCUUCACUGAAAAUCAUUUGUUUAAUGUAAUAUGGAAUAAUUGAGGGAAGCUUGGCAUUUCCAUGUUAGAGCUAUGGUUACAAUCAUUAGGUGAGAGGGAGGCAGCUUGCCCUAUUUGAAUUAUAUAUUCUAGUUGAAAGCAGAAAGGAGUGAAUGUGAAGAAACCUGGCAUACUAUUCUGUUCUGCUCAUCAGAGUUUAAAGUGUAAGCUUGUAAAAUGGGAAGCAGCUUGUAAAUUGUGCAUAAAAGUUUGAAAAAUA